UCUCUCUCUUUCUCUGGAGGAUAAACUGACGUUGAGUUUUACAACAUCGCGUUAUUCAAACGCGAUUGUCACGUUUGAGAGGUAUAUACGUGAUAUAUACUUGAAAAGGCCGUGAUUUUCCCGAGAUUAUGAGCCGAGACGCGCGCGUCCGUUUUUCACCGUAAUCGUCUCGCGCAACGCCACGUAACCGGCCCCGAAGAACAUUAUCCGACUUCUCUCCGGUACGACGUCCUGUUACGUAACCACCGCGCCGCCGGUAAGAGCCGAUCAGGAAGAACAAUUAGAAAGCUGCACGGAGGCGUUCGGCCCGCAUGAGCGCUUAUGCGAUCGGCUGGUCGACCGCUCACCCGAUAGUGAUGGCCCUCGAACUUACAAUUUCUAAGCAAUUCGAAGAAUCGUCGUGACCGUUUCCGCACACGACUCCAUUAUCGCGACGAUAGCGAAAGGAGUUCCAGCAAGAACGUCACAGUCACUACUGUUCGCUAUUGCUAUCAUCAUUGUUUACUGUGAGAUGAAAUAUUGUAAAUAUAUUAUUGAGCAUUAAUCAAUUGAAAUGUUCUCUGGUUAAAGUCAAUUCGCGUCAAUAGUCAGAAUUGAUCAAUCGUAAUACGUAAAAUUACAAAUAAUCUCAUCGAUUAAUGAAAUCAAACUUUCGCGCGAUUAAUUAUACACACUGAUUAAUAAUUAAUUUCACCAAUCGAUUAAAUCAUUUGUGAUUACACGAUUAUUUCGGUCGAAGGGAAUUUCAAUCAAUUAACGCUCUGCACUCCGUCGUAAAAUACGUUAUAUGAAAUUAUAAUGAAGUGUCAUCAUAAUUGUGUUAUAAAAUCAUGACAACAAUCAUAGGAUUUUAUGAUUUUACAUGACGGCGUCGUCGUCACUACGGGGAGGUCGUGCUAAUCGUUGCGAGAAUUUAUGCGUAUACAAGCUCUGAUAUCGUUGCUUUGCCUACGACGAUGCGUCACUUCCUUUCCGUGAAAUCUCGGCACCUUCACUAACCGUGAAAAAACAUUCGCGUGUGAAUAUCGAGGCCUUCUAGGCCGACGACUUUCUCGAGCUCCAUACGUCCCUGGCUUCGGCAGCCGAUCCACCUCCUAGUACGUACCUCGUGGUUGAGCUUCUCUCUCUUUCUUUCUCUCCUCCUCCUCCUCCUCCUUCUGCUCUUCUCCCCCUCAAACUCGCUAGAUCCGUGCUCACCUCGGUGAAGCCACCUCAGUGAUAACUCGAAACGGGCUCGAAACACGUCCGGAUUGACCGUUCGUCGUCGCGCUAUUAAUUUGACUCGCGAUUUCCUCUCUAAAACGAAGCCACGUCCUUGGUCGGUUCUUCGUGAGCGAGCACUUCGCAGAGAGUGAAUUACGUACCGAGUGACUCGUCCCGAAGGAAGUCAUCAAAGAUUCGAUUUCCCUGUUCUUUAUUUCACGGACCUUUUUCUCGACUGCAAGGGUUCGGCGAUCUAACGUUAGACAUGCGUCGUUAAGUCGCGUCGCACGCAUUUACCCGCGCAAAGCUCCGAUGUUCUAAUCCGCUUGCGCGAGAGCACUUUGCACAAGCAUUUCCGAUUCUUUCCGACGGUACCGUUAUAUUACAAUAGGUGGCAGAGCGCGGUUCUCGUGUGUUGCAAUUAAAUGAGAGGUGACAUCGGCUCUAAGUCGGUAACGGACGCUCUUCAUCGUGUGUCGUUCGCGUUUGCGUCUCGCGUUUGCGUCUCGCGUCGGCUCCGUCGUUACCUCCAAGUUCGCCACGAACACCUGAGCAUCCAGCUGCGAUGGCACGCUUGCCGAAUCACAAUUCGUUCACCGGGGUGUUUCUGGACCAUCGAGCCAAGGAUGAGGUAGGACAGCUGGUCGGCGCCAAAACUCAUGGCGCAACGCCGUUAGUCAUGGCGUGUCGGAACGGACACUACGACGUCGCUGAGUACCUCAUCGAAAAAUGUGGGGCGGACGUGGAGCAACCUGGGUCAGUGGUCUUCGACGGCGAGACGAUCGAGGGUGCGCCACCCUUGUGGUGCGCGGCGGCCGCUGGCCACUUGGCACUGGUGAAACUGCUGGUGAAACGAGGCGCCAAGGUGAACUCGAUCACAAAGACGAACUCUACGCCUCUCCGCGCUGCCUGCUUCGACGGGCAUUACGACAUCGUCAAGUUUCUGGUGCAACACGGUGCAGACAUCGAGAUGGCAAACCGACACGGGCACACGUGUUUGAUGAUCGCGUGCUACCGGGGUCACAUCAAAAUCGCAAAGUUCCUACUCGCGCUGAAGGCGGACGCCAACCGUAAGUCCGUAAAGGGCAACACAGCGCUGCACGACUGCGCCGAGAGCGGAUCUCUGGAGAUACUGAAGGUGCUCGUGGAGCACGGCGCCCAGAUGGACGUAGACUCAUACGGGAUGACGCCACUCCUCGCGGCAGCAGUAACAGGUCACACGCAUAUCGUCGAGUACCUCAUAGGCAUGCCGCAUCUGUUCAGCAGGAAAGAACGCAUCGACGCGCUGGAAUUGCUCGGGGCCACGUAUGUGGACAAAAAGCGGGACAUGAUAGGCGCCCUGCAGUUCUGGAAACGAGCCAUGAACGAGCGAUAUCGGGGAGACGGUCCGGUGAUAUCGAAACCUAAAUUUUCGCCUCUCGUAGCUGCUUACGACUUCGCCCGGGAGAUAUCCGAACCCGAAGCACUAGACGAAUUGCUUAUGGAUCCGGAUGAGAUGCGAAUGCAGGCACUAGUGAUCAGAGAACGUAUAUUGGGACCGGCCCAUCCCGACACUAGUUAUUACAUCCGGUACAGAGGGGCGGUUUACGCGGACGCGGGUAAAUUCCGUCGCUGCAUCGAGUUGUGGAAUUACGCGCUCGACAUGCAACAGAACAUGCUAGAACCGUUGAAUCCUAUGACGCAAAGCUCUCUAUUCAGUUUCACGGAACUCUUCAGCUUCAUGGUGGGCGAAGAAGGUAGACAGACAACCAGAGGUCGCAGAGUACCGCCUGUACAACGGGAAGAGCUCUUGAGAGUCUUCGAGAAAGCCGUGAUGGAGGUGAAAAGAGGCAAGCAGAUGUUGGACAAGAUGCCGGUCUGCGAGCGUGACCUGACGUACUUGAACAGGGUCCUCGUCAUUACCCUCCACUUGGCAUGCUUGUUGACGCGCGAGACAGCGGAGGAAGGUAGCGACGAGUACGUCGCUUUGCACAAGCAGAUCUACGAGUUAGUCCGAAUAAAGGCCAAAGGCAAGCAGGGUCGCGACGCGCUGCAGCUGAUUCACAGCGAGGACGGCACCCUAGUCAGCAGGUAUCCCACUUGCAAGUUCCCGUCUCCUCACUUGACCAAAGCACUGCUGAGAGUGGGCGCCGACGUGACCGCCCGCGACAACGACGGCAACACGGCGUUGCAUUUGGCCGCGUUGUCGCGCCCAUGGCGACCAGACCUCGCGAUCGCUCUACUCGACGCUGGCGCGCACUUAGACGCGGUCAACAAGGAUGGCAAUACCUUCCAGAUGUUGUUAUGCGACAAGCGCAGAUAUGACUCGAUUUACCCCGUUAAGUACACCACGCUCACCUGCUUGGCCGCGCGGGUCAUCAAGAAGACGCAAAGGGUUAUCAAGGUGCCAGCACACCUUCGCACUUUCGUCGAGAUGCACUAGCAACAUCGAGACGCGAUGAGACCGGGCUGGUGAACCGUCGACUGAUCAUGAGAAGAAGAUGGAGUGUCACAGCAGCCUCGGCACCAACAGCAACAACACGGCAAGCAACGGUGAUAAUCACGGUUGGCCCGAAUCCUCCGAUUCGUUCGUUCAUCCGUUUAAUCGCGAAACUCUCGGCUCCGAACAGUCAAGAGGUCUUUCUCUUGCGAAGUACAAUUUUCAUAACGAUUUACUGUAUAUGAACAGGCGCGAUACCGGAGAGAUCUCUCCCUCUUUCUCUCUCGAUCGAUGACUUUUCUCUAAAGACGAGAUGCCCAUUGUUU